UUUCCGAUUAGUGAAGAUGAACCUAGUCAUGAAAGCCCAUUCUCAGACUCCACCACUACCUUAUGUAAUCUCCGGAAUGAUGAUAGUACUGUAGAAGAAAACAGGCCGCCAUCAGCAAAAGAAAAGAGUGAGGUGGUGGUGCCAGCAUUAGGUGAGCGGAGAAAGGGACCUGCUCCUCCCCCCCCAAUUGCUGGAAGUUCAGCCAGCACCCCAACUUCUAGUGCUAGUUCUACACCUGCAAAGAAGGGUCCUGCACCUGCUGUCCCAGCUAGCACCACCCCCUCUAAACCUAGAGCCCCCUCUCCUGUUGAUACAUCCUCUAAUGCUGAAGUAGGUCCUGCAAUUGUUGAGAAGGACUUAAAAACAGAACCUUCAACUCACGAAGACUCAAAUCCUACCUCGAAAAUAUCCUCCACAUCCUCUUCAUCAGUGUCUGAGGCAGAAGAACAGGCAAUACUCUGCUUAGAAUCAGCCAUUGAGAGUGUUAUGGAUGUAGCAUUAAUUAAGAGUACCCAAGACCUUGAAAAGGAUUCAACUGUUACUCUUAGUGGGUCCUCAGUUAUUCUGUCUCCAGAUGAAGAGGAGAUGAGGAAAGAUGUGCCCAUUGCUGAAGCUGUAUCCUUAGAUUCCCUUCCAAAAGAAAAUAAGCCAGAGGGCAUCACGGAGGUUCAUGUACUUCCAAAUGAUGGCCAUAAGUUAGAUGAAAGUGAAGUUGUGAUCUGCAAUUCUUCUAUACUUCAUGAGGGUCAGCAACCAGAAUCUCAUUCAUCUACACAGUCUCGAUAUGAAGUGACAGUUGAAGAAACUAAAGGAGAAGUUGUCUCUCCUCUUCCAUCCACAAAUGACACCACCCAUAUUUCUGUUGUGUCAGUGGAUGCCUUGGAAGAAAAAGCAGAUACUAAGAGAGAAGAAAAUACUCCUUCCCCUGAAGCAACAUCAACAGCUCUUGUUGAUCAGAAGAGCCCAACCAAGAAGUCUCUUGUUCAAACUGAGACAGACCACCAGGGACACUUGGAAACCUCAUCAAACAUUUCCAACAUUUCAAAUGUCAGUGGGGGUACAGCCUCAACUGGACAGUCUGAAAGCUCGGCAGAAGAGGAAAAUCGACCCGCUUUGUCUGUUCACAUUGAGGGUACAACUGUCGAGGCAACAGAUGUGGAUGAUGAUGAAGUGUUUAAUAACUCAGAGCUUGUUGCCAAGAGCGCCUCAGUUCCAUGCUCCCCAGAGGUGAAGAUUCUUUCUAAUGGUGUUGGCAAGGAGACUCAUAGAACAACAGAAAAAUCUGACUGGGAUGCCGUAAGCACAACUAGUUCAGAAAAGGAAAACAGGCACAGAGAAAAGGACGAUGAAAGUCUGGAUGAGGUUGUCUUGAGAAGAUCACAAAGAAGUAACUCUUCAGACAUUUCACUUCAGCCUUUAGACAAGAACAAAGAAAACAGGCACAUGAGAAGCAAAGCAGAGAAUGAUUUGGUUGCUCUUCAGAAGAAGACUAGAAAGCGCACCAGGAAAUUUGUUGUUGAUGGCGUAGUUGUUACAACAAGACAGGUGUUUUAUGAAGAUGAAGGAACUGCAACAGGACACUUUGCACGAAAGCAAGAAUUACGAGAAUUGAAGAUCCUCCAGAAAAUCGAACAAAAGCAGUUUCAAGAAUUAGCUGUUAAAGCAAACUUUGCCAAAGCUGAACAAGAUAAAAAAUUUGAAUUGGAAAAGCAACAACUCUUACGGACUUAUGACACUGAUAUUGAAGCCUUGAAUAGGCAGCAAAAGCAACAAGUGGAAAAAGCAGAAAGUUUACAGGAAGUGGAAUUGAAAAAUGCAAGUAAGAAAAUAAGGGCUGAGCAAGAGCGAGAAUUAAAAGCCUUUAGAGAAUCUCUCAAGACAGAGCUGAAACUCUUGAAACAAGAGAUUGAUUUGCUACCUAAAGAGAAGCGAAAGGACAUCUUUAAAACCCGCAAAGAACGUUUGGACAUGGACCAAAGUGAGAGGGAAAAAGCAUUCCUAGAAAGGCUUCAUGAAUCUCAUGAGGUAUCUCUUAAAAGAUUAGGAGACGAUCACCGUGAAAGAAUAGCUCUCCUUGAGCGCCAGUUCCUCCAGCAGAAGCAUCAGCUCCUAAGAUCUAGAGAGUCAGCCCUCUGGGAGAUGGAGGAAAGGCACCUUCAUGAAAAACACCAGUUAUCCAAGAGGCAACUUAAGGAUAUAUUUUUCCUUCAAAGACACCAGAUGCUCCUGCGCCAUGAAAAAGAAUUGGAACAGGUGAAAAGAGUGAACCAGCAAAAGGAAGAGGAACUUAUAAAGAGACAGCAGGUUGAGAAGCGGCAGUUGCCCAAAAGAAUUCGCCAAGAAAUGAAAGCACGCGAGCUUAUGUUCCGAGAGAGCAUGAGGAUCAGCACAUCACAUCUUCCUGACUCUCAUGAGGAUGAGAAAGAUAAGAUCAGAAAGUUCCAGGAGAAUGAAAAGCGCAGGUAUGAAGCAGAGAAGAAACGUGCAGAACAAAAACAUCUGCGAAAGUUAGAAGAACUUCAGGCAGCCUCUGAAUACACAGUCAAAGAAUUAGAACAAUUACAGAAUGAAAAGCGAAAGAUGCUUAUGGAGCACGAAACAAAUAAGCUCAAAUCACAAGAUGAAGAGUACCAGAGAGAACUGCGAGAAUGGAAGGAGAACCUGAAACCCCGUAAACAGAAAUUGGAAGAGGAAUUUGAGAAACAACUAAAUGAACAGGAACAGUUUUAUGGAGCUUAUUUAAACAGAAGUCUUGGUUCAGCCUUAACUCCUUCACAGUCAUCAUCCAGUCUUGCUCGAUCUAAUACAUCUUAGAUUAUACAACUGAAAGGUGACAGUAUUUUUACAUAUUCAAAGUCAGCCUAGUAUAUGUAUAUUGUAGUUCAUUUUAUAUGAAUAGCAACAUAGUUGUUUAAGAAUCUUACACUCCAUAUAUAUUAUAUAUAUUAUUAUUAAUGGUGUUCAUGCUAUAACUGAAGAAGAAUCAAAUCUUGAAAUACACUUUACCAAGAGGAUUUUUCCAUAUGUAAAGUUUUGCAGUUAAAAAUGUAUAUUGGUACAGUAAGAUAUUGAUAAUAGGUCAGUUUUGUGUACUUCCAUGGAGUAAAUAAUUAGGAAUGAAGUCAUCGCUUCAUCCUCUGUGUUAUGAUAUAUUUCCAGUGAAUUCUAUACCUAGGAAAAUAAUGUUCUAAAAUAAAGUAUGAAGUGAAGUAAUCACAGUGUAGAGUCUCAGUCAACCUGGCUUAACAUGAGCCCAUUAUCAUCUUCACUUGUGUUAAGCUGAUGUGUACAUUAUGAAUACUUGUAAAGAAAAAUAAGUAAAUAAAUAAAGUUAAAUGAUAAUUACGCCAGAUAAACUCUUGGGCCAUGCAAUAAACCUUUUACUUACCUUUUGCAAAAUACCUCCCAUUUGUCCGUUUCAUUUAAGGCCAAGGUUAGCUCCUUUUUUUUUUUUUUUUUUUUUUUUUAUCCUCCAACACAACUAAAAUGUUUCUUGACCAAGCUGCUCUCACCUGUAAAAUAUAUAAUAAUUUUUUUUAUUUUGUUUUCCUUAUUUUGUUUGAAUAAGUAAAGGUAUGUCAAUCAGUUUCAUAGGAUGCAUUUUUAACUUAAAACUACUGGUAUUGUGAACUGACUGCUGCUGCAUAGUUUAGAAUUUACUUUACAACAUGAGUUUACAAUGUCAACUGAAGAAUAAGGGAACAAAAUAUUAAUAAAAAACUAUUCACAGAUGCCCAAAACAUUCAGUAAAACAAGCAACAUAUUUAUCCUGCUAUUUUGAAACUAGCUUGUAAGAAAUCUUUACAUUAAACCUAGAAAAUAUUUUUGCAAAGUUCACACAACCAGAGGGAAAGUAUUACAAGCCGGUUAGUAUUUUUUUUACAUAGUUCUUUAAAAAUAAACAAGUGUUUAUUUUUUUAUAUUAUGUUCAGAUGAUAGACACCUUUUGAAAUAAUUACAGGUAACACUCGAUUUACGCGAGUUUGGUUUACAUGUUUUUUUUAAAUAAUGCGGGGUCCAAAAUCCAAAUAAAUAUUUAAUUUACACGUUUUUUCACUCAUACGCGAUAUUUUAUGGAGUGGCCACCAGAUGUCUCACGCAACUGGACUCUCACGGCGCCACAGCCACAUACCUGAGCUCAGUUCUUCCCACGCGCCACUUGAACAACAAUACAGUACCCACGCUGCCACGCUAUUCAACAAUAGGGGUGGGCAGGUACCGGUACCAGUACUGGUACUAAAGGUACCAGCUAUACGGUACGGUACCGGUACCAGACUGCUCGGUACCAGUACCAAUACUAGCCAGUCGUUCAUGGUGUCCCUCAUUUCUUCCUCACACGAGUGAGACUGAGACUGAGUGCCUGAGUGGAUAUCUCAGUGAUGUGGAUACUCUCUCUCUCUCUCCACUGAAUGAAGUGAAUAAUUAUUUUUCGAUAGAAACCUACCUCUUGUUUGAUUUACAUUGUUUUUGAUUUACGCGACCUCUUCAAGGACACAAUAUUCACGUAAAUCGAGAGUUACCUGCAUUGAUUUAUAUUGUGUAACCUGCACUUGAAAUUUAUAGCAGACCAAAAGUCCAGUGUUUGCAGUAGAUGUGCUAUAUAUUUUCUUUUCUUAAAACAUUUUGCUCAUGUGACCAUAACAUCUUUGUAUUUGGUCACAGCAUUUUGAAGCCAAAUUUUAUGAAAUAUAAUGUGUGAAAAUAUUUGGCUGUUAACAGUCCUGCAAUACCAAAAGUCUUGCUUGUGCAAUAUACAAACAUGACUAAAUUAAUUUCUAGAUAAACUUUACUUGUAUUUGUUA